AUGUCCAUUAUCCCGAGGGCAAUACCUACACUCUCCGUGGACAGGGUGCUUCAUCGUCCAAGCUUACAAAUGAGCUCACACGUCCUUCUCUUCGCACAGAACUUCCGCACGUACGCGACCGAAGCUCAGAAAUCGUCCUCCUCGUCGACACCCUGGAUAGUCGGCGCCGCCGCAGUAGGUGCAGGCGUCAUUGGCUACAACUUCUUGGGAACCAGCAGCAAAUCUGCCAAUGCUGACGCUCCCAAACCCUCCGAGGAUGCGAAGAAGCUGGAUAAGCAGGGCCCUGCGCCCGGAAAGACCUUCACAGGUGGCGAGCAGGGAUUUGUCGACUUGAAGCUGGCCGAGAUCAUCCCGUAUAACCACAAUACCAAGAGGUUCAAGUUCGAGUUGCCAGACAAGGACCAUGUGAGCGGGUUGAACGUCGCUUCUGCCAUCAUCACAAAAUUCAAGCCGGCCGAUCAGGAAAAGCCUGUCAUUAGACCCUACACACCCAUCAAUGAUGAAGAUGUGAAAGGCUACCUCGAGCUCCUGGUGAAGGUCUAUCCUAAUGGGCCAAUGUCCGAACACCUCUUCGGCAUGAAACCAGGUGAAACCCUUUCCUUCAAAGGUCCCAUUCCGAAAUACCCCUGGGCGCCAAACAAGCACGAACACAUCACACUUAUCGCCGGAGGUACGGGCAUCACGCCCAUGUAUCAAUUGAUCCGCACCAUUUUCAAAAACCCCGAGGACAAGACCAAAGUCUCGCUCAUCUUCGGCAACAUCAAGGAAGAAGACAUUCUGUUGAAGCAGGAGUUGUCGCAGCUGGAGAACGAGUUCCCUCAGAGGUUCCGAUGCUUCUAUACCCUGGACAACCCGCCCGAGAGCUGGCCGUAUGGAAAAGGGUUCAUCAACAAGGACUUGCUGAAGGAGGUCAUCCCGGACCCAAAGAGCCAGAAUAUCAAGAUCUUCGUCUGCGGACCUCCGGGGCUGUAUAAGGCGAUCAGUGGCGCGAAGGUGUCUCCGCAAGACCAGGGCGAGCUAACUGGCAUACUAAAGGAGUUGGGCUACACCAAGGACCAAGUGUUUAAAUUUUAG